GUAGUACAUUAGAAAAAGUUAAUGUGAGCCGAGCAGAUUCGCUGGCUAACGUCCUCUCGAGAACUGCCUAGUUUUAACAGCAUGGUGCUUAACGCUAACACAGCGCUAUAAAUUAAGAAAGGAUACUCACAAAGAAGGCUAUUUGUCCAUAAAAACACGUAACGUUAGUGGCUGAAAUCAAAGGCGGUUUCUGCAUUAGACAACCUGUAUCUACUGCUUAACAGCAUCUUUCACGAAGAAAACGAUCAAUCAAGAUGUCUGACUCCAGCAGCGGAAAGCCCAUUGUGGUCACUUCCUCUGUCUCCCUCAAAGUUACUGCUCCUUCAUUCUACAACCAACCCAAAAAGUUUGCAUCUGUGGCUCCUCCACGUCCCAAAGCACAGAUUGCCCCAUCACAGCCUUCAUCAUUUGCAAGCACUGGUGUAAUUGGAAGAGUUGGAGAGGUUCCCCCACCCCCUUCAUCUCUCAGUGAUGACUUUCCACCCCCUCCUCCUCCUCCGCUGGAUGAUGCCGAACUCCCAGCCCCACCUCCAGAAUGCCAAACCACACACCCUGUAUCUGAUGCCCCUCCUUCAUUCCCAGCCCCUCCCCCAGUCGCAGAAGACCUUCACCUCCCUGCACCUCCUGAGGAGCUUACCUCUGUUCCUUCUGCCUCCUUCCCUCCACCCCCACCUCCACCUCCUCCUCUCCCUGAAAAUGGUGCAGGUAUCAACUCGCAGAGGCUUUUCGAGAAACAGACAAGUUUUGAUAAACAGUUAGGCUCUUUGACCGAUAUGUUAUCAGAGAUGGAGACUAGUGGACCUUUCAACCCAAAGUUACCUAGCCAGUUUUCAUCCGCACCAAAGCCAGCACCAGGACCACCACCAACCGCCCCAAAGCCUGCCCUUUCCUUUCUGCCCCCUACUGAGCUGCAGGAUCGUCCUCCUCCUGCUCCAUGGGCUGAAGAGCUACGUGCCCGAACACGACCAGCCAAUCUGAGCACAUCGUCUGUCCCUGCUCCUGUGCAGUCAGUGGCUAAAGGCCCAGCUGUUGCUCCAAAAACCAACUUCCCUCCCAGCCAGCUCAAUUCAAAUUUGGCUUCCAAAACAGUUAGUCCCGCACCGUCUGGAGGAGUAAGAGGGUUUAACCACACUGUUAAAAGCCCUCCCCAAAGCACUUUUCCACCACCUCCUCCUGCGGCUCCUCCUGCACCUAUUGCUCCGCCAGCCAAUACUCCCACACCUGCUUUCAAUCAUUCUGAAACUUCUCCCAUUGGCAGUCGUCAAAGCUUUGCUCCACCUUGUCCUGCUGCUCCUAAAACAUCACCUGUCUCCACGUUCAACAGACCAGCAGGAAACAAUGUUUCUCCAAAGGUGUCUGGCUCAGGCACAGGUUCAGGUCCUGGUGGAGCUCCUCUAACUAUGAGAGAGGUGGAAGAAUUGGAGAAAAUGACCAAGGACUUUAUUCAACACAUGGACAAACAUCCUCCUGUGAUCACCUCCCCAGCGACAGAGGUGUGUGGUAAAUGUGGAGAGACGCUGUCUAGAUCUCAGCCAGCAGUGAGAGCAAUGGAUAAACUCUUCCACUCCCACUGCUUCUGCUGUUUGAGCUGCCAGCGCCCCUUACAGGGCAUGCAGUUCUAUGAUCGUGAUGGCACACCUCAGUGUGAGGAAUGCUACAUGAGUUCUCUGUCCGUGUGUUCAUGCUGUGGGGAGCGCAUCACAGAUCGCGUCCUGAAAGCUGUGGGUCAGUGUUUUCAUGCCCACUGUUUCCGUUGCACCACCUGCAGCUGCUCUCUGGAGGGUGCUCCUUUCAUCACUGAUGACGACAACAAGCCCUACUGUGUCAAGGAUUACCAUCGCCGUUUCUCUCCACUUUGCGUAAGCUGCAACGAGCCAAUUAUUCCCGACCCUGGAAGUGAAGAGACAGUCAGAGUUGUUGCCUUAGAGAAGAACUUUCACCUGAAGUGCUACCGAUGUGAGGAUUGUGCUCGCCCCCUUUCCAUAGAGGCAGACGCUGAUGGCUGUUACCCGCUGAACGGCAAAAUCCUGUGCAUGAAGUGCCACACCCAACGUACCAAGCAGGCCAAAUAGUGAUUUGUGGUAAGCUGCCACAAACCCAAAGCAAAAUUGGAACAGCUCUACUUAAAAAAAAAAAAAUGUUUGUAAUGUCUUUGUGAGUGUUUUAAAUUCAAAUCUGUUUCAUCUUCCUCAUGCAAGUCUAGCCUUUUCUUGACAAAGCUUUUCUUGCUGCUUUUUUUUUCUGAAUGGCCUUGCCUUUUGUGCCCUGCAGUCUGGGCCUCGAGAUGAUGUUAGUGCCUCCGUGUUGAAUGUUACGUACGACUCAAUUUUUACCCCUAGAUCGUUUGAUAUGUAAAGUGAUUUUUUAGAGCGUUUUGUGGCUGGAAUUUUUACUGUAGUUGAUUCUGUGCAGAGGUAAUGUACUGCACUGCUGUCUCAGUUCAGCGAGCUCCCAGCAUGCCUUUGAAAAAAAAGACCUGGAACAUCCGUAAAUUGUAGCACAGCUGACUACUGAGGCAAGACGUGAAAGUCUACAUCCACAGCCAUUCGUGCACUUUCAGUAAGGCUUUUCCAUAGUUGAUGAGAAGGGCUUGUGUGAAAAAUGUAUUAAAAAAAGGAAAGACCAAUGUGAUUUGUGUAUUUGUAAUGCAUGCUUCGUUUAUAGAAUUAAUGAGCAAGUAUUUUAAAAAGCACAUUUGCUUUGUCCUAAAAUGUAUCGAACAAAAUAUGUAUGACACAUUGCGUUGAUUAUCAUAGCCAGUAUCAGUUUUUUUUAUUACAUAAAUUGUAUUUAGCAAUUGCGUGGGUUUAGUGAUUUAAGAGUAUUUCCAAAGAAAAGCACAUCAGUCACUGAGCCUGUAAUAUUUAACUAGAGAUACGUUCUUUGGGGCUAGAGCUUUUUAAAAAGAUCAUGGAAUGGAUAGUAUUAUAUACACAAAAGUAUAUAUACACAAAGUGUUUCUCAACCACGUUCCUGGUGGACCACCAGCUCUGCACAUUUUCCAUGUCUCCUUAACCAAACAGACCUGAUUCAGAUCAUCAGCUCGUAAGCAGAGCCUGAAAGACCUCUAAUGGUUGUGACAGACAAAGGAGACCUCCAAAACAGGCAGUGUUAGUGGGCCUCCAGGAGCGUGGUUAAGAAAUACUGCUUUAGAACACAGGUUUCAAAUCCAGCUCCUGGAGGGCUGCAGCUUUGCACAGUUUAAUUUCAACCCUAAUUAAACACACCUGAUCAAACUAAUUAAGUCCUUCAGGUUUGUUUAAAACCUACAGGUAAGUGUGUUGGAGCUGGGUUGGAGCUAAAUGUGCACAGUGAAUCCAGGAAAUGGAUUUGACACCUGUGCUUUAUACCAGUGUUUCUCAACCAUGUUCGUGGAGGACCACCAGCUCUGCACAUUUACCUUAUCUCCUUAACCAAACACACCUAAUUCAUAUCAACAGCUCAUUAGCAGAGACUGAAAGACCUGUAAUGGGAGUGACAGAUAAAGGAGACAUCCAAUACAUGCCUCCAGGAACAUGGUUGAGAAACACUGCUUUAGAAUAUCCUCAACUAGGCCACCUGGUAAAAUAGAGCAGAAUUCGUUUAACAGAUCUACAGUUUGUUUUCUUCAUUUUUGCUAGAACCAAAAUCAACAGUGUUAAUGUAGUCAGAAUAACUUACUUUACGAUUUAUUCAACAAUAAGCAUUCCUUGGUAUUAAUGCACAGAAUUCAGUUUUUUCCACUAUAACAUUGUGUACUUUUUUUUGUACUUUUUUCUUUUUUUGAUGGAAAGAGCCAUCUCACUAAUACCACUCAUUUUUGCUUUACGGUAGUGCUGAUAUUUUGAGAAUUACAUCCAUUUACUUCAUGUCUCUGAAACAUUUAUUUUAUUUAUCUUUGCAUCUCUUUUGUUUCCCCUAGCUUUUGUUUCCUUUUUGAUGAAAUGCAAUAAAGUGAUUGUUCCAUUUACUAAAAUAUUAGAUGAGCAAAUGGAAAUUGUUAUGUGUGAUUUGCUAUUACAGUGUUUUUAUCGGUUAUGCUUCACCGUUGCUUCAUUUUCAUGCUGGUAUCACAACACUGCUGAAUUCAGUAAGACGUCAUUUAUUCCAUGUAUUUUAUCAUUUAACUUUGACUUUUUUUGUAAAGUUAACAUCUAAAUUCCUCUCUUAAUAUGUGAAUGUGUGUAUGUUUACGGUCAAAAGUAUGCCAAUGUAUUGUUUUUGCUAUCAUUGUUCUCCUUCCACAUUUGUACUGUAUUCUGAACUAAUAAAAAUGUCAACUUGACAAACUG